GUCUUGGCGCGGCCUAUUUAAUGUUUGGAUAAUUUUCUUUACAACUUUGGCUAUCUUCCCUUCAGUUUUGCUUAAAAUUGAAUUAUAUCCUCCUGGUCGAACUUUUGAUAUUUUUAUUUAUGGCGAUUGGACAACUUCAAGAAUGCUUUUUCGCCAAUUAACCGUUUUCUUGAACUUUAAUCUUUUUGCUACAAUCGGCAGUUGGAUUGCUAGUUAUAUUCAAUGGCCUUCAACAAAAUCCUUAACUAUUCCCGUUGUUGCUCGUCUUGCUUUCAUCCCUCUCUUUUUGGCAUGUAACUACCAAACCGGCACUGAACCCAGAAAUUUUGUACUUAUUAAAGAUGAAUGGUCAUUUGUCAUUCUAAUAACUUUCAUGUCAAUUACGCAUGGUUAUUGGAGUUCUUUAGCUAUGAUGUAUGCACCACGGCAAGUUGAUCAAUCAAAAUCGCAAAUUGUUGGAAUGAUGUCAGGAUUCUUUCUUGUCUUUGGUAUUGCUUCUGGCAUAGCUUUUACUUUUGUUGAGCCUCAUAUUGUUGAUCUAUUUGGUUUGCUUUAUCCUUCUUGA